AUGCUCGGCGUGAUCACAGUCCUCCUAGCAGGACUUGCAGGCGGUGCAUACUCCCAGCCAACAAAAGAGACAAAGACAGACACAACCUACCACGAGAAUGCCGGUGUCCUCCAAUUUGUCAACCCCCUCAUUGGCACCUACGGAACAUCACAAAAUGGCAAUGGCGGCAUGAUCCCCUCCGUCAGCCCUCCCUUUGGCAUGACCCGUUGGACACCGCAGACCCGCGAGAACUUCAUCUCGCAAGUUCCAUACGGCGACAGCGACCGUCUCAUCCAUGGAUUCCAAGCCACGCACCAGCCGGCUAUUUGGAUGGGCGAAUCCGGUCAGGUUGUACUGACACCAGGAAUUGGCGAAGUUCAGCCGCUGUUUCAGAACCGGGGAUUGCAGUUCCGGAAGAAGGACGAGAGGAGUACACCAUAUGUCUAUGAGGUCUUUGUUGAUGCUGCUCAACUUUUGGACCGUGACUGGAAUGCGACAGCCGAGGCUGUAGGUGAUGGGCCUGUUCCUGGUGGUACGGGUUCCGUGCCGGAUGAGGUGAAGGAGGGUGCCAACGGGCGGACACGAAAAAGGCACACCGAGUCUGUGCUCCGUAGUGGAGAUGGUGAUCAGUAUCAGCAGUCGAUCCAGGUUGCCAUGUCGGCAGAUUCUCAUGUUGGCCAUCUUCGAUUUGACUUCCAACACAGCCCUACCAAUGUGGAUGGCGAAGGCCAACCUUGGGUAUUCCUUCAAGCUUCUCGUCGCAACUGGAUAGGCGAAGUUCAUAUUAAUGUGAAGAGUCGGGAGAUAUACGGUUAUAACACUGAGCGUCAGGAAUACCUCCUCGGACCGAACAAAGCAUCGUCGUUCAAGGGCUACUUUGUAUCUCGCUUUUCUGAGCCAUUUACUGAAUUUGGUGUGGCUAAUGGAGGCUCAGUCAUAAAAGAUGAAGUUCAGCGACACGGGAAUUUCACUGGUGCAUAUGUGAAAUUUGCUAACUCGACAUCCCGCGUCGAAGUGCGCACUGGUGUUUCGUAUGUCAGCGUUGCACAGGCAAGAAAGAACCUCGAAAUCCAGACUCCAGAUGAGCACACAUUCGAAGAUACCGUUGAGAAAGUGAAGUCAGCCUGGCUUGAGAAGUUGGGUAGGGUAUCCAUCAGGGGCAUCAACAAGACCGAUACGCAUAGCGACCCCCGCACUAUCUGGUAUACCGGCCUGUUCCAUGCGCUCCAGUAUCCAAACGACUUCUCCGAGCCAACAUCAAAUCAGGAUGGUGCACCGCGCGUUUUCUACUCGGGCUACACCGAUAGUGUCCAUACUGAGAACGACUCAUACUACCAGUCGUGGUCAAUCUGGGAUACAUACAGAGCCGAGCACUCUCUCUUGACUCUCUUCGCGCCGGAGCGUGUCAACAGUAUGAUGCGCUCCUUGCUACGCAUUUUUGAUUGGUCCGGUUGGCUGCCGAUGUGGGCCAACUUGGUCGAGACAAAUACUAUGAUCGCCACGAAUGCAGAUGUCGUCCUUGCCAACGCUCUAGAGCGAGGAUUUAGGGGCUUCGAUAUUCACAUGGCUUGGGAAGCCGUCAAGAAGGAUGCAUAUACUCCGCCUGAUCACGAUACUGAUACUCUGUACUAUGACCGUGAGCCCGGCACUUCAUAUGAAGCCCGCGCCGGACUCACAUCAUACAUGAAGCAGGGCUGGGUGUCCAAUGACGGCUGGGCUGAGGCCGGUAGCCGCACAUUGGACUAUGCAUUCAAUGAUUACGCCUGUUCAAUUGUUGCUGUCCAUGCGGGAGAGGGCAAUGCCACCGUGGAAGCCCUCAAGAAGCGAAGCGGAAACUACGCGUACCUUUGGAACAACGAAACUCAGUUUAUGCAGUCCCGCAACGCGAACGGGACCUGGGCUAAGAACACCUUUGGAUGGACCGAAGGUGAUGACUGGAUCUACACGUUUGAUGUGAUGCAUGACGUGAAAGGACUGGCUGGACUUUUUGGUAACCGUCAAGCCUUCCGCGAUAAGUUGGAUGCACAUUUCCAAGGUGGUCACAAUGACCAUACCAACGAACCAAGUCACCAUGUACCGUAUUUGUAUUCUGCUCUCGGUUAUCCCAACCAAGCAGCUGAGAUAAUCAGGGACAUUGCUUGGCAGAACUACAACGCGACCAGUGGGGGACUGAGUGGAAAUGAGGACUUGGGACAGAUGAGUGCUUGGUAUGUCUUCUCCGCGUUGGGAUUCUAUCCCGUCAACCCUGCCAGUGAUGAAUAUGUUAUCGGGACACCGUUCUUUGAGGAGGUUUUCAUCCAAUUGCCUAGUGGCGCAAGCACAGGCGGAGUUACCAAUGGCAGAGGGAAGAGGCUUGAAAUUAGCGCUCCGGGGGCAUCCACGAAGCCGUAUGUUGCCGGUUUGAAGGUUGAUGGGAAGCGUAUCAAUGACGCGAUUUUGAAGCACAGCCAGCUUGUGCAUGCCGCAAGAAUCGAGUUUGAGAUGAGUGCUACGCCCACUUCCUGGGGAAGUCGCCCCUUAUGGGAAACUUGA